UGUACCGUGCGGCCAGGACUGAGGACACUGCUUUGCCGGUUUGCCGGGUAGAUUAAACGGAGAGCUGUGUAUAUAGCGUAAGGAAGAUGUGAAGUAGACAGUAGUUUAACGCUGCUGGUCCGUACAAAUAACAUGCCCAAACAGAUUUAAUAGUCACAGAGAGAGACAACGAAAGGCAUUCACUAUUUCUCUGAGAUGCUUCAUCGUCAAAUAUUAUGUACAACAUUGUCUCAAUCACAAGUUGAUGCAGUCACCGGUGUGUUGGUACUAAAAGUAGAUAUGCUUCUAUAAAUGUAGUGAAACUUCAUUUGUUGUAUUAAACUGAAAUCUCCAACUACAUCGAUGUUGCAGUGCUUCGCCUGUGUGUCCAAGGGUUUAGUUUUCGUGUGAAACGUCGGCAAUAGCUAAACAUGUAUGACUUGUACAAGAUUUUGAAUAGGGGGAUAUUUGCAGUUAAUAAAAUAAAAUAUUUCACUUCAGCAGAAGUUGUUGAACAGCUAAAGGAGACCAUACGUAGAGGUGUUCAUGAAAGAUAUUUGCCAGACCCAUUCAAAGUAGGUCAUGGUGGUACUUUAGAUGAUACAGCAACCGGAGUUCUAGUUGUAGGUGUUGGUGAGGGCUGUCAGCUUUUAGCACGAUUUCUACAUGGAAACAAAAAAUAUGUAGUAACAGGAUGUUUGGGUUCUGAAACAACUACAUAUAACGAGACUGGAAUUCAUGUCAAUUCAGCACCUUACGAUCACAUAUCAAAAGAGUCAUUAGAGGAAGCUUUGAUGUCAUUUAGAGGAAAAAUAUUGCAGACACCUCCAAAAUAUUCUGCGCUAAAGAUGGGUGGAAGAAGAAUAGCUGAUCUGACAAGAUCUGGUAUCAACGUAGAAAUGAAACCACGACACGUUAUGUGCUACAAUGUGAAGUGCACAGAUUUCAACCCACCAUUUUUUAAACUUGCUUUGUCUUGUGGACCUGGCUUUUAUGUACGAAGUUUGGUUCAUGACUUAGGACUUGUGACCAACUGGCCUGCAGAAACUACCUCCAACCUCCAUCGUGCAGAUGCGUCAAAGCUGUGUCAUGGUGGGCCACACCUUGGAGCUGCACUGGGACAAGGAGUGAGAGGGCUGCUGGCCUCUGUUCUCUGGCUGACAUUGUCCAGCGGGCUGCGAGAAGCUGCCAUCCACAAGGUCCACAGGGGCAGGGCCUGGAUGUGAACUCUCAGCCUCCUGGUUGCAAAGCUGUCUGUGGCCACUGACCGAGCUACCCUGGGCAGACAGCCAGCGCAGCUAAGGCUUGCUACAAUGAUGGCGGAUGGCUGUUUCCCUUCGGCACUCUACAUGGGGCCCACGUUGUGCUUGAGGGACCAGUCAGAAAUGCCGUGGGCUACUGGUGCAGCGAACAUCCAUGGCGACCACUUAGCCAUGGCGUGAGUAGGACUGCUACACCUGCACGGCUGGCUGACCGGAUGGUGAUGCUGCAGAUUCUGGCAUUGGCGCUGACCCACACACACACAUGCUGCACAUCGCCUUCACCCAAAUCAGUGAAAGGCCGGCUGUACACUUUCGUUUCAAUAAAGUCACUGACACACUU